AAUAUUAUUACAGAAUAAAUCAACUUAAACUUUAAAUAACUUUCAAUAUUUUACUCUCUAUAAAAAUAUAUUUGUCAAAAUUAUACAAGUUGGAAAUGAACACAAGAUACAUCGAGUCAUUCAUAACAAUAAAAUUAUCUGGAGGGCCCAUAGAAUUAAAUAAAAUUACAACUUCUCCAAAUUCUUUAACUCCACACAGUAAGGUCGAGUUUGAGCCGGGCCCUUUUUGCUGUGAGGUACAACCACCGUGCAACUGUUUAGCCAUAAUACGAUUAUAGUUCAAGCUAAAGUAAACGUAAAUCUGUUUUUUUAAACAAACAAGAGUUUGUUUUAUUUUGAAAGACUUUCCUUUGGUGCCGGUUUGCUCCUUCAAAGUAAGAAUAUGGCGCCCUCUAGUGGCUUUUUUUUUAAAGAAAACUUGUCAUUCAUCUCUGAGUCCUUCCAUUCAAACUGCUUUCUGUUAUUCCUUUGAGGUUUUUCAGCACAGAAAGUGUUGUAUUUGUGUCUUUGUUUAUGCAAACACGAUGAAAGUGACCUCAUGAGAAUUUCCUGGCUGAUGUGCUGGUGUUGAAGAGCAUUGAUGAAGCUCAGGGACGCAGACAGGUUUCAUGUUUCACCACAGCAGCAGCUCACCUCCAGCGGAGCCGGGACAGUGGAGGAUGACUGGACAGGAGAGUUUCUCCUCCACUGACUGAGCUGGGUCAUCUUUGUUUUCUGGUUCCUGGCGUGAAACUCGAUAAUCUGCCCUCAGUGGAGCUGGUACCAGUUCUGUGAAGAGCCAGACACCCGAAGAGGCAGGCUGAGUGCGGUUUGAUCAUGCAGUCUCUGACAGCAGAGAUCCAGAGUUUUUCCAGGACAAGGCUGCGGAAGCAGUGCACCCGUGUGACAUCUCUGAGUGGCCGCCGCAUCAUCGAGACCUGGAAGGGUUCAACAAUUACAGUGGUGGAAGAUCCGGCCCCCUCAGAGAAGACACUGGGGUACAUCCCCGAUACUUCCUGGGACCUGCAGGUUGGCCUCGUCAAGCCUUUCCUGCUGCUGGGCUCUCAGGAUGCUGCAUGUGAUUUCAGCACUCUAAGAAAACAUAAGGUGUCUCACAUCCUGAAUGUAGCCUUCGGAGUGGAGAACGUGUUCCCCGACCUCUUUAUCUACAAAACUGUCAGCAUUCUGGAUCAUCCCGAUACAGAUCUGCUGCCAUACAUCCAGGAGUGCUGUGACUUUAUCCAACAAGCUCGCAAAGAGAAAGGGGUUGUGUUGAUCCACUGCAACGCUGGAGUUUCCCGCGCCCCCGCGGUGGUCAUCGGCUACCUGAUGGCCUGCGAAGGCCAGUCCUUUGAUGAAGCCCUCUCAUUGGUCCAAUCCGUUCGACCGGCGUCCGCCCCUAACCCUGGCUUUCUGGAACAACUCAGAAAUUACAAAUCACCAACAACAAACGGAUCCAAACACUGAAGGACAGAAAUGUUCUGGACGAGUACAAAAGUCAUUAAUUAUUGUACUUGACUGUAAUGGAAACAUUUGAAGACAUUUGAUGUAAAACUGGAGUUCAGUUAAAAGAUCUAUAAAAUUA